UGUGCCAUAUCUCCCCGUCGCCCCAACGCCCCUUCCCACAUCCUCGCAGCCCUUGUCUCUCUCUCUCUCUAGCAGCAGCGAUGGCAGCUUCUCUCUCCAUCUCCAGACUCCUCACCACCACCUCCGCCACCAAAACCGCCGCCGCCGCCGCCGCCCUUCUCCCUCGCAAAUCCCUCUCCUUCACCUCCCUCGCCGUCCCCCCGCUCCUCCCUCGCCGUCGCCGUCCCCGCCGCCCCGGCAAGCCCCUCCGCCUCUCCACCGCCGCCACCCCCGCCCGCGCCUCCAUCUCCGUUGGCGACAAGCUCCCGGACGCCACCCUCUCCUACUUCGACCCCGCCGGCGAGCUCCAGACCACCACCGUCUCCGCCCUCACCGCCGGGAAGAAGUCGAUCCUCUUCGCCGUCCCGGGGGCCUUCACCCCGACCUGCUCCCAGAAGCACCUCCCCGGGUUCGUGGAGAAGGCCGGGGAGCUGAAGGCGAAGGGGGUGGACACCAUCGCCUGCGUCUCGGUGAACGACGCCUUCGUGAUGCGGGCGUGGAAGGAGAACCUGGGGAUCGGCGACGAGGUCCUGCUGCUGUCGGAUGGGAACGGGGACUUCACCAGGGCGAUCGGGUGCGAGCUCGACCUGAGCGACAAGCCCAUCGGGCUCGGGGUGCGGUCGCGGCGGUACGCGCUGCUCGCGGAGGACGGCGUCGUGAAGGUGCUCAACCUGGAGGAAGGCGGGGCCUUCACCUUCAGCAGUGCCGAGGAUAUGCUCAAAGUUCUGUAGAUGCUUUCAAGGUUCCAUUUUCUUUUGCCUUUAGAUUUGGCUGGUGUCGAGAGAGGUGAGGAUCUUGUUGGGUUUUGAGUUCGAUAGAGCUUUUCGUUCCGACUUGUGCUUAAUAAAUUGAGAUGGAAUUGGAACUGCGGUUCAGUGCAGACGACAUGAAUACGGGAUUUUCCUUCUGGCAUUUCAAGAUUGUUGCCUUUCUCUGUG